UGCUGGUCCAGGCAGCGGGCUCGGCUCCCAAAGGGGCCCAGAUGCAGCCAAUCUCCCUCCCCAGAGUCCAGCAGGUGCCACAGCAGGUGCAGCCUGCGCAGCACGUGUACUCCCCCCAGGUGCAGUACGUGGAAGGCGGGGACGCCAUCUACGCGAAUGGAGCCUUGCGGACGGCCUACGCCUACAACCCCGAGCCACCGAUGUACACCCCGAGCGGCGCGGCGUCCUACUUCGAGGCCUCGGGCGGAGCCCAGGUGACCGUGGCAGGCUCCUCCCCGCCCGCGGUCCCCUCCCACAGCAUGGUGGGCAUCACCAUGGAUGUCGGGGGGAGCCCCAUCGUCUCCGGUGCGGGAGCCUAUCUCAUCCACGGGGGGAUGGACAGCGCCAGACAUUCGCUGGCCCACACUUCCCGGUCGUCGCCAGCUACGCUUGAAAUGGCGAUUGAAAACCUCCAAAAAAGCGAAGGGAUCACAUCACACAAAAGCGGUUUACUCAACAGCCAUCUCCAGUGGCUGUUAGAUAAUUACGAGACCGCUGAAGGCGUCAGUCUCCCCCGAAGUUCUCUUUACAACCACUACCUUCGGCACUGCCAGGAGCACAAGCUGGACCCUGUGAAUGCCGCCUCCUUCGGGAAGCUGAUCCGCUCGGUGUUUAUGGGCCUGCGGACGCGGCGGCUGGGCACCAGGGGCAACUCCAAGUAUCACUACUACGGGAUCCGUCUGAAGCCAGACUCACCCCUGAACCGGCUACAGGAGGACACCCAGUACAUGGCCAUGCGGCAGCAGCCCGUGCAUCAGAAGCCGAGGUACCGGCCUGCCCAAAAAACAGACAGCCUUGGGGACAGUGGCUCGCACAGCAGCCUGCACAGCACACCGGAGCAGGCCAUGGCCGCCCAGAGCCAGCACCACCAGCAAUACAUAGAUGUCUCCCACGUCUUCCCGGAGUUCCCAGCGCCAGACCUGGGCAGCACCUUGCUGCAGGAGAGCGUCUUGCCCCAGGACGUCAGGGCCCUGCAGCUGGCCUACCGGCGCCACUGUGAGGCAACUUUAGAUGUCGUGAUGAACCUCCAGUUCCACUACAUCGAGAAGCUGUGGCUUUCCUUCUGGAAUUCUAAAGCCUCCUCCAGCGACGGCCCCACCUCUCUGCCAGCCAGUGAUGAGGACCCUGAAGCCGCCGUCCUCCCAAAGGACAAGCUGGUGUCUCUGUGCAAAUGCGACCCCGUUCUCAAGUGGAUGAGGAGCUGCGACCAUAUCCUCUACCAGGCCCUGGUGGAGAUCCUCAUCCCUGACGUGCUGCGGCCAGUGCCCAGCUCCCUGACGCAGGCCAUCCGGAACUUCGCCAAGAGCCUGGAAGGCUGGCUGACCAACGCCAUGAGCGACUUCCCACAACAGGUCGUCCAGACCAAGGUGGGCGUGGUCAGCGCCUUCGCCCAGACCCUGCGGAGGUACACGUCCCUCAACCACCUGGCGCAGGCGGCCCGCGCAGUCCUGCAGAACACCUCCCAGAUCAACCAGAUGCUCAGCGACCUCAACCGCGUGGACUUCGCCAACGUGCAGGAGCAGGCCUCGUGGGUGUGCCAGUGCGAGGAGAGCGUGGUGCAGCGGCUGGAGCAGGACUUCAAGCUGACCCUGCAGCAGCAGAGCUCCCUGGACCAGUGGGCCCGCUGGCUGGACGACGUGGUCACGCAGGCCCUGAAGCAGCACGCGGGGAGCCCCAGCUUCCCCAAGGCCGCCCGGCAGUUACUGCUGUGGUCCUUCUACAGCUCCAUGGUGAUCCGUGACCUGACCCUGCGCAGCGCGGCCAGCUUCGGCUCCUUCCACCUCAUCCGCCUGCUGUACGACGAGUACAUGUUCUACCUGGUGGAGCACCGCGUCGCCGAGGCCACCGGAGAGACGCCCAUCGCCGUCAUGGGGGAGUUCAACGACCUUGCCUCCCUGUCGCUGACGCUGCUGGACAAAGAUGACAUCGGUGAAGACCGGGGCGGCGAGGCCGACGGGGAAGCCAGCGGCCUGGGCGAGCCCCUGGUGAAGCGUGAGCGCAGCGACCCGAACCCCUCCCUGCAGGGCGUCUAGCGCGGCGGCCCUCCCCGGGCCCGCCGGCCUCCUCCGCCCACCACGACCGUGCCUCUUACCGAAGUGACCUUGACUCCGACUCACGGGGUCCAGGGUCGGCGUGCCCCAAGGGACAUGCCAUUCCUCCAGAAGAACAGCUGUCCACCAGGGCCACAGGCCACGCCUGCUUCUGCGUGCCCAAGGGCUCCCCUGCGCCGCCCGGGUGUCUUCCUCCUGACCGUCCCUGUCCUCCCGCCUGCUGGACUGUGACCUUCCGUCGGAAUCCAUGCAUCCUGUCCAGAGCUGCCAGCACCGUGCUGAGUGGGCUGGCACAGCGUUGGGCUUCUCCGCCAUUCAGCCCGGUCCGGUUUUCACCAUGAUUUUUAACACUGGCAGAUCCGGGGAAGAAGGUGUGUCCGGCAGCUGUUGGGCGGUCCCAAGCUGGCCGUGUCCACGGAGCCCCCGCCCGGGUGCCCCUGUGGUGGGGAAGGCCCGGCUCUGCUCUGCACCCCAUGGCCUCUUCUGUCCUGCCCUGUGCUCUAGACACCAAAGGUUCUCAGAGUGUGUCUCUUGACGGGGGACAGCCCACCACCCCACAUGGCAAAAAGAAAGUCAUGGAAACAGGCCCGCUCAUGUCUUUAGAGUCAAUGCCAGAAAUGUCAUCAGCAACGGGAAAGACUGCGGUUCUGUCCGAGGUCACAGCCAACGUGAAGCCACAGCGGUAGAUCUGGAACCGUCUGUUCCAAGGGGGCGGGGUGGUCAGCAUGUCAGCGGCACCUGCAGGGGCAGCCACCCCGCUAGGUCUGCACAAACAGCCGUGCCUGCAGCCCGCUCCAUGGAAUCUUCCAGAAAGCCUGCCUUGGAACCGGCAAUGCUGGAGCCCUUGGAUUGGCAGUUCCCAUCUUGACUGCUCAAAGUUGAGACUCUUCUCUGGGGACAAACAGAUCCCAAGGACUGGCACAGCCCUGAACUGGAAACUGCAGAUCUGUGUCCAUCAAAACACGUCGCCCUUGGUCAGCUCCGUGCGAGACUCUGUCCCAAAAGCAACUGCAAAGAAGGAAGACGAACCUCUGGCCUGGGGAGCGCCAUCUUAUGAAAUGCAAUAGUUUCUCUUUUUGGAAAUGUGUUUAUACCGAUAGUUUUGUGCUCCAAUUGUUAUUAGAACGUUUCGUAUGAAUGUGUAUAUCGCAGUAUAUUUGGUUCCCGAUAUUUUUUCUCAUUCACGCAGAAGGUACUUAAGUUAAACUCACACGGCCUUUAAAACCCUUCCUUCCCGUCAAGAGGAGUGCUCUGCACGCCCCGGCCCUCGCCAGAGGUGCAGGGAGGUGUGGGGGAGGACAAGAAAGACACUCUGAUUCUAGAAACCAAAAGUCUGUGAUGGCCACAGUGUUUGUCUGGUCUCAGAGUUUCAAGACUUAGGUGAAAUCAGACCGAAAGAAUGUCUUCACGCGUCUCCUGCUGGGAGGCAUCGGAGUUCACGGUCCGUGGACUGUGACGGCCCGCCAUCGCUUCCACCCGCGUGCCGGUCGGGUCUGCCUUACGCUCUGUCUGGUCCUUUGCAGGAUUCCACAAGGAAGACUACAAAUGACAGUAAAUGCACGAGCCUUCCAAGCCUGUUCUCGUUUUUUGUUGCAAUAAACACAUUGAACGUGCCC